CUGGAGGCGUGCACAGACGCCAAGAGUGCGCGCGCGCGCGCGCGUGUGUGUGUGAGGCAGCCAGUAAGAGUGCGAGCCAUGUUGGAUCUGAGUGAAGGUGUGGAGAGAUGAUGCUGCCGCUGCCGCCGCCGCCGCCGCGCCGCCCCUGACUCACACAGCCUGAGCAUCACACACCACAGCGGGUAGAUGCCAACUCUUCAGGCCGAGGAAGAGACGGGGGAGCCUGGGGGAAGGUGUCGGGAGGUGCCGGCGGUCCUGGAAGUAGCCACCUAGCCGGAGUGGAGGAGUGAGAAGUAACCAGGGAAGAAGGCAAGAAAAAAAGAGAGAGGGGGAGAAAAAGGGAGACUGAGGACGGAAGAGACUAAAUGGCUACACUGCUACCGGGCUUCACCCAGCUCUUGCCUCUGGUACUUCACCUGCUUCUCCUCAGCUCUUUGUUCGCCCUCACCCCGCGGACGGUGAAUGCAGCGGGGGCUUCCGACCUGUGGACCCAGGGCGCCCGCCUUAGGGAUGCCAGUAAAGCGAGCAAGCGGUGUGAGCAAGCAUGGGAGUCGCCGGAGGACAGCUGGGAUCUACCCUCCAGCAGGUGGAGCGUGGAGCGGACACAUCCAGAGGGACGCCCGGGAAGAGGAGAAGGGAUGCCGGGGGCAGGAAAGGAGACGCCGGAAGGAGUCGGGACGUUCUGGAGGCUUGGGGACGACCCGCCGAUACUAUCUCCUCCUUAUCUUCUCAGUGAUGGAGUCAGUGCGGGAUGGGGAGUGGAAACGGAGAGGCCGGGGAAGAAGGGCGUUGUUCCGCCCUCCACCUCAGAAGCUUUCAGCUCCUCGCCGGUUCAGAGCGGUAAAAAACGGACAGUACAAAGGACUACAACGCGCGCGCUGCCACGGCCACACCUAACUAAACGUGGCGCUCAUACAGCCUUUGUGCGAGCGUUUGGCCUGUGCAAAGCACCCGGAAGUGGAGGAAGGAGCGGUGGAGGGGUGUGGAAGAAGACUCGUCAUGUGAGCAGGCUCAGGUCUUCCUCUAUGAAAUCAUCUUCUUCUUAUUGCACCCCUUUUCUUUUUGGAUACAAUUCAGCUUCUCAUCAUGCAUUUGAAUCACAACCCAAUAGAAUCAAAACCCAGAGUUACCAGAACAAAAAGGCAUCUGAUGAUGAUGGUGGUGGUGGUAGUGGUGGGGGGUCAGCCAGUAUGGUCAAAGGAAGGGCUGGUAAUUGUUCUCAUUUGGGCAGGCACAAUGCUAUCGAUCCGGGUAGCGUCCAUUUGGGGGGUGAGGGUGCCUGGAGUAGGGAAGCGUGGUCAGAUGGGGAGGAAGAGGACAGAUGUUGCACACUGGCAAUGUUUACAUGCAGUGAAAAAGUUGAAAGAGGACGAGUUAAUCAAUACGUGAACUUAUCUAAUUAUGCGGACAGUGAUUCGGCUUUUCCGAGUCUGACGCUCCAGCAUCAAGCACAUCAUGAAGUGAAAGCUGCAGCUGGAAGCAGGAGCAGGAGAGAGGAGAAGGAGACUCCCGGUGGUUGUUCGGAUUGUUUGGAGGGAGCAAGGUUUGGUUUGUUAGCUGAGUUUAUACAUCCUGAGGAAAAUAUAACUCAGAGUUAUCCAAAAUGGCAGUUCCCCAUCCCUGAAGUAUCAAGUCAGUGUUUUAUUAGUGACAAAAUUCAAACGUCAUCACUCGUCCAAAUACAAACAAGCCAUUGUGCAAAAAUUGAACCUUUUGAACAAGUCUGUUUGUCUCCAGCUGAAUUUAAAUCAGAUGCGGCUGACUCAGCAUCUUCUGUGCCUGGGAAGUUAACCGCUCCUUCCCAGCAUCACUCCUUUCCUUUACAAGUCAACUUAACCACAUGGCGCUAUGAGUUUCCUCUCUGGCCCGACUCUAUAACGGAUGAGGGGAUUUCAGCACAUGGGACAGCUCUCUUUUUGUUGGGGGGUUUCAACAGAAACAGUAACAACAACAAAGAAGAUAGUAGGGAAGACAUGCAUGAUUUUGAUGACGAAUCAGAGCUAGUAGAGUCCACUGAGCAAGUGUUGUUUGACAGUGUCCGACUAUCUGCGAGGGGGAAUGUUUGGGGUGGGGGAGGAAGGGAGAGUAGCAUUCAGCCAGAGGGGGACAGACUGGAGGGCUCUGCUGCUGCUGCUGCUGGGGGAGGAAAAUUACAGGUGGGGGAGGGUGGGUUAAUAGGAGGGAGAGGACCACGGGAAGAAGGAAAGGACGAGAAGCAGAGCAAGACGGGGACAACAAAGCUAGACCAAGCUGAGGAGAUCAAGGCAGAGGGAGGGAAGGGUCAGGAUAGGGGCAAUAAUACCACCACCAGCACACAGCUAGAUAGUGAAAGAUGGACGAGAGAGAGCCAGGCUGAUGAAAGCCACAAGGAUGAGAGUGAGCCAGAGGGGGAGGCUGAGGAGAAGCACGGUUCAAGGGGAGAGAGGAGCCUGGAAAGGCUGAUAAUAGAGCCGGAUGAUAAAACCUUGCAGGAAGAACAGGCGGGUAAGGUUUUGAUGGCAUGGCCUCGCUCUCGACGGGCAGCGAACAGACAUCCCCAUUUUUCACUGUAUAACUACCAAGUACAAGUAGCUGAAAACCAGCCGCCUGGGACCUCUGUUAUUGUCAUGUCUGCCACAGACCCGGAUGCAGGCGAUGCAGGCAGGCUCAGCUUCAGCAUGGCCCCACUGAUGAACAGCCGAUCCUCUGACUAUUUCCACAUCCAUCCCGAUACUGGCUUAAUCACCUCCACUCAGAUUCUAGAUCGAGAACAUAUGGAUCUGCAUUAUUUUCGCGUCACCGCGACCGAUCAUGGUUCCCCUCGCCUCUCUGGCACCACAAUGGUCGCCAUUACUGUUGCAGACCGCAAUGAUCACUCCCCUAUAUUUGAGCAGACAGAGUACAGAGAAACUAUCAGGGAGAAUGUCGAGGAAGGGUAUCCAAUCCUUCAAUUGAGGGCGACGGAUUUAGACUCCCCAUCCAAUGCUAAUAUCCGCUACCGAUUUGUUGGCGACACUGCUACAGUUGGUAGAGCCGCUUUUGAGAUUGACCCCAGAUCAGGCCUCAUAACUACACGUGGAAUUGUUGAUCGAGAAACAAGCGAGCACUACACACUCCAGGUGGAGGCUAGUGACCAGGGAAAGGAACCAGGACCACGCUCGGCCACGGUUAAGGUCUUUAUAACCGUGUUGGAUGAAAAUGAUAAUGUGCCACAGUUCAGCGAGAAACGCUACGUGGUUGCAGUGAAGGAGGAUGUGAGACCUCACUCGGAGAUCCUCCGUGUGAGCGCCACAGACCAGGACAAGGACAGUAAUGCUGCAGUUCACUACAAUAUCAUCAGCGGGAAUAGCCGUGGACAGUUUUCCAUAGACAGUUUCACCGGGGAAAUCCAAGUGGUGGCACCUUUGGAUUACGAGGCAGAGAGAGAGUACACCUUGCGUGUACGUGCACAGGAUAACGGCCGACCCCCUCUUUCCAACAAUACUGGCAUUGUUAGCGUGCAGGUGACUGACGUCAAUGACAACCCACCCAUUUUUGUAUCCACACCGUUUCAAGCAUCGGUACUUGAGAGUGCCCCCGUUGGAAGCUCCAUCCUCCACAUUCAGGCCAUCGAUACCGAUGCUGGUGACAACGCACGCCUCGAGUACAGACUGACAGGCACCAGCUCAGAUACACCGUUCCUGAUUAAUUCUGCAACGGGCUGGGUCACGGUCAGAUCCAUUCUUGACAGAGAAUCUGUAGAGCACUAUUUCUUUGGUGUAGAAGCCAGAGAUUAUGGGAUGCCGCCUCUUUCUGCCACAGCAAGUGUCACAAUAACAGUAAUGGACGUCAAUGAUAAUCGACCCGAGUUUUUACAAAAGGAAUACUACGCUCGCCUGAACGAGGACGCCGUGGUUGGCACCAGUGUGGUAACUGUCACGGCCGUGGAUCGGGAUGUCAACAGUGCUGUGACUUAUCAGAUAACAGGCGGGAACACCAGGAACCGCUUUGCCAUCAGCACCGCAGGGGGCGCAGGGCUACUGUCUUUAGCCCUCCCGCUGGACUACAAACAAGAGCGGCGCUAUGUCUUAACCGUCACCGCCUCGGAUCGCACGCUUCAUGACACCUGUCAGGUGCACAUCAACAUCACUGACGCCAACACACACCGGCCUGUGUUUCAGAGCGCACACUACUCCGUUAGCGUGAAUGAGGAUCGGCCUAUUGGGAGUCAAGUGGUUGUCAUCAGCGCAACAGAUGAUGAUGUUGGUGAAAAUGCUCGCAUUACGUACUUCCUGGAGGACAAUAUCCCUCAGUUCCGCAUAGACCCUGCAUCUGGGGCUAUAACGCUCCAAGCAGAACUUGACUAUGAAGAUCAGAUGACCUACACUUUGGCAAUAACAGCUAAAGAUAACGGCAUUCCACAGAAAUCAGAUACCACAUACGUGGAGGUGAAUGUCAACGACGUGAACGACAACGCACCUCAGUUCCUCAGUCCAAGAUAUCAGGGAACUGUGAGUGAAGACGCUCCUCCAUUCACAAGUGUCCUCCAAAUCUCAGCCACUGACCGAGAUGCACAUGCCAAUGGACGCGUUCAGUACACGUUCCAAAAUGGCGAGGAUGGAGAUGGAGACUUUACCAUUGAGCCGACAUCUGGAAUCGUGCGAACUGUUCGCCGUUUGGACCGUGAAAGUGUGCCAUUUUAUGAGCUCACAGCCUAUGCCGUCGACCGAGGCGUCCCACCCCAGAAAACUCCGGUUCACAUUCAAGUCACAGUUCUUGAUGUGAAUGAUAACGCCCCUGUCUUCCCUGCAGAUGACUUUGAGGUUCUUGUGAGGGAAAACAGUGCUGUGGGCUCUGUCGUUGCCCAGAUCACAGCCACAGACCCGGAUGAGGGCGCCAACGCCCAAAUCAUGUAUCAGAUCGUGGAAGGGAACAUCCCGGAGAUCUUCCAGAUGGACAUCUUCUCAGGGGAGCUGACCUCCCUCAUUGAUCUUGACUAUGAGGCCCGCAAUGAGUAUGUCAUUGUCGUCCAGGCCACCUCAGCCCCUCUGGUCAGCCGAGCUACCGUGCGAAUUAAAUUGGUGGACCAGAACGACAACAAACCCACUCUGCAGGACUUCCAAAUUAUUUUUAACAACUUCGUAUCCAACCGUUCAAAUAGUUUCCCCAGCGGGAUAAUUGGGAAAGUCCCGGCCCAUGAUCCUGAUGUUUCGGACCGGCUGUACUACACCAUUGACAGAGGCAACGAUCUCCACCUGCUGCUGCUCAACCACACCAGCGGGGAGAUCCGACUGAGCCGUAAACUGGAUAAUAACAGGCCGCUGGUGGCUCCCAUGCUGAUCACUGUCACAGAUGGCGUUCACAGCAUUUCCGCUCACUGUGUCCUCCGUGUCCUCAUCAUCACCGAGGACAUGCUGGGCAGCAGCGUCACUGUCCGCCUCCAGAACAUGUCCCAGGAGCACUUCUUGUCACCUCAGCUGGGUCACUUCCUGGAGGGGGUGUCGGCCGUGCUUUCGGUGCCCGUUGAGGACGUCUUUGUCUUCAACAUCCAGCCGGACAUGGACGCCGCCCCAGGAGGAAUCCUGAACGUCAGCUUCUCUGCCGCACUGCCGGGAGGACAUUUCUUUCCUUCCGAGGCCCUGGAGGAACAACUGUACCUAAACAGGCUGCGGCUGACAUCGCUCACACAGAUGGAGGUCCUGCCAUUUGACGACAACGUGUGUCUCCGCGAGCCGUGCCAGAACUACAUGAAGUGCAUCUCCGUGCUGCGCUUCAAUAGCUCCGCCCCCUUCAUCUCCUCGCCCUCCAUCCUGUUCCGGCCCAUCCACCCCAUUGCUGGCCUUCGCUGCCGUUGUCCGGUGGGCUUCACUGGUGACUACUGCGAGAUGGAGAUCAACCUUUGCUACUCCAACCCCUGCCUCAACGGAGGGGUUUGCGCCCGAAAAGAGGGAGGGUACACGUGCAUUUGCCGAGAAGACUACACUGGUGACCGCUGUGAGUUCGAUCGCCGUCAUGGCGGCUGCAUGCCGGGCGUAUGUCGUAACGGAGGAACAUGUCGGGAGCUCUCUGGCGGCGGCUUCCGAUGCGAGUGCCCCGCCGGUGGGUUCGAGCGGCCAUAUUGCACCGUCACUGCCCGCUCCUUCCCGCCUAAAACCUUCGCCAUGUUCCGGGGCCUCAGACAGAGAUUUCACCUCUCUUUCUCUUUAACGUUUGCGACACUUGAGAACAACGGUCUUCUUUUCUACAAUGGCCGCUUCAACGAGAAACAUGACUUCAUCGCUUUAGAGAUCCAAGAAGGACAAGUGGUGCUGAAAUAUUCUACAGGUGAAUCGUCCACUCAGGUGAGUCCCUUCCUGCAAGGAGGCGUGAGUGAUGGGGAGUGGCACACGGUUCACAUCCACUACUACAACAAGCCUAAGCGCAGCAUGAGUGGCGAGGCCCAGGGUCCAUCAGAUGAGAAGAUUGCUGUGGUAAGCGUUGAUGACUGCGAUACAGCCUUGUCACUCCGCUUUGGCACGCAGCUUGGAAAUUACAGCUGCGCCGCUCAGGGCAAACAGACCAGCAACAAGAAGUCUCUUGACCUAACAGGUCCACUCUUCUUGGGUGGAGUUCCCAACGUUCCGGAUAACUUCCCAUUUGGCACCAGGGAGUUUAUUGGCUGUAUGAAGGAGCUGCACAUUGACAACAAGCCGCUGGACCUGGCUGGGUUUAUUGCCAACAACGGAACCCUCCCAGGCUGCACUGCUAAACUUCCCUACUGCAAGUCCAAUCCCUGUCAGAAUGGAGGAACCUGCCGGGUCAGCUGGGAGACGUUCUCCUGUGAUUGCCCACUUGGGUACGGAGGCAAGGACUGCGGCCAUGUGAUGCCCCACCCCCAUCGCUUCCUGGGAAACAGCGCCCUGUGGUGGGACUUGAAGAAUGAUGUAACCAUUUCCACUCCUUGGUACCUGGGCUUGGUGUUCCGAACCAGAGCCAGAGAGGGGACUCUGCUCCAGGCCCAGGCCGGCCAGUACACCAGCCUGCUCUUCCAGCUAACAAAUGGCCAGCUAGUUUUCUCUGUGACUCGGGGUUCAACCAGACCAGUGAGGCUGAGGCUGGAUCAGGUUCAAGUGGCGGACGGGCGGUGGCAUGACCUCCAGCUUGAGUUGCGUGAUGUGCACAGCGGGCGUGAGACGCGUUACGUCGCUACACUUCGCCUUGAUUUUGGACUCUAUCAGGGAACAGCAAUAGUGGGAAAUGAGAUUCAUGGUUUGAAGGUGAAACAUCUGCAUGUGGGUGGAGUGUUGGGCUCUGGAGAGGUCCAGAACGGGAUAAAGGGAUGCAUACAGGGCGUUCGUUUGGGUGUGAGACCGGAUUCUCCCUUGUUGCCCCGCCCCUCCAGAACGGUAAAAGUGGAGAUCGGCUGCAAUGUCGGCAACCCCUGCGUUUCAUCUCCUUGCCCCGCCCACAGCCGAUGUUCUGACCACUGGGAGCGACAUUCCUGCAUAUGUGAACCAGGUUACUAUGGGAAAGGCUGCACUGAUGCUUGCCAUCUGAACCCAUGUGACAAUGAGGCUCAGUGCCACAGGAAGCCCACAUCGUCACAUGGGUACACCUGUGACUGUGGAGAUAACCACUAUGGACAGUACUGCCAAGACAGGAUAGACCACCAGUGUCCAAGGGGCUGGUGGGGGUCUCCCACCUGUGGACCUUGUCACUGUGACACCAAUAAAGGAUUUGAUCCCGACUGUAACAAAACCAGUGGGCACUGUCAGUGCAAGGAGUUUCACUAUCGUCCACGGGGCUCAGACGGCUGCCUGCCAUGUGACUGCUACCCAGUGGGCUCCUUCUCACGGACAUGUGACCCUGAGAUCGGUCAGUGCCAGUGCAGGCCCGGUGUGAUCGGUCGCCAGUGCAACAUGUGCGACAACCCCUUUGCUGAGGUCACAAACUCAGGGUGUGAAGUCAUUUAUGAUGGCUGCCCAAAAACCAUCACUCAAGGCAUCUGGUGGCCACGGACCAAGUUCAACUUGCCUGCAGCAGUUCCCUGCCCCAAAGGCUCUGUGGGCGCUGCCAUCAGACACUGUGACGUUGAGAGAGGCUGGAUGGAGCCAGACCUUUACAACUGCACCUCUCCUCCAUUUGUGGAGCUCAGUGCUGCUCUGGACUCUCUGGAACGCAAUGAAACAGAGCUAAACACGAUUAUGGAAAAGAAGCUUGCACACCAGCUCCGUGAUGUCACCGAAGCAACCGGCCGCCUCUAUGGUAACGAUUUGCUGAUUGCAGAGCGACUGCUGUCACGCCUGUUGGCCUUCGAGACCCAACAAAGUGGCUUUGGACUUACUGCCACUCAAGAUGCGCACUUUAAUGAGAACAUCCUGCGGGGCUGCAGCGUACUUUUGAGUCCCGGAACUGAGGGGCUUUGGAGGGCCCUCGCCCAGGGUCAGAACCACAUUCCUGGUGGUCCUUCCGAGCUGACAGAAUUACUGGGGCAGUAUACGCAGAAUCUGGCCCAGAACAUGAAGCUCACCUACCUCAACCCUGUGGCCCUGGUAGCUCCUAAUAUUGUCAUGAAUCUGGAUCGGGUGGAAAACCACACCGACGUGCGGCGUCGUUUCCCACGGUACCACACCACGCUGUUUCGCAGUCAAUCCGUCUGGGAUCCCUACACCCACGUGUUACUGCCCCCUGCUGCCCUGGGGCCACAACGACAACAGCAACAACAUAGCUGGAGGGAGAAGGAGCGGAAAGAGAAAGAAGUCGAGAAAGAAUACAUCCCUCCUGUUCAACCCCCAGUCAGCAUCUCAGCCAAUCACACGAGCGAAUACACAGCAGCGAGACGCACUCGUGCAGCGCCUGAACCUCCCAUCACAAUAGUCAUUUUGCUGAUCUAUAGAAGUCUUGGUGGAGCGCUACCUCCAAAGUAUCACACAGACCGACGAGGAGUGAGGCUUCCCAGACACCCAGUAAUGAACUCCCCGGUGGUCACCAUCUCUGUCUACAACAACCAGACGUUCGUGGGUGGACAUUUGGACCAGCCCAUCUUACUGGAGUUCAAACUACUGGAGACGGCCAAUCGUAGCAAGCCGUUGUGUGUCCAGUGGAACCACAGCAGCCAGUGUGAGAUCGGAGGUUGUUGGACAGUGAGGGACUGCAUGGUGGUGUAUAGGAACACCUCACAUGUCCGCUGUCAGUGUCAAAGGUUUGGUACCUUCGGGGUGCUGAUGGACAGUUCCCACAGAGAGCAGUUAGAAGGCGAUUUGGAGACACUCGCCCUGGUCACCUAUUCCUUCCUGGUGCUCUCCAUGCUGGCUCUACUUGUCACUGUCCUGGUUCUGUCGUGCCUCCGAGGCCUAAAGUCCAACACCCGGAGCAUCCAUUCCAACACAGCUGCAGCCAUGUUUUUGUCUGAGCUUGUGUUUCUGCUGGGGGUCAAUCAAACUGAGCAACAGUUCCUGUGCACGGUGGUAGCCAUCUUGCUGCAUUACUUCUUUAUGUCCACAUUUGCUUGGAUGUUUGUGGAGGGCCUUCACAUCUACAGGAUGCAGACGGAGCAACGGAACAUCAAUUUUGGAGCCAUGAGGUUCUACUAUGCCAUCGGCUGGGGCGUGCCUGCUAUUAUUACUGGUCUGGCAGUGGGCUUGGACCCUGAAGGGUAUGGGAACCCAGACUUUUGUUGGAUCUCAAUCUAUGACAAGCUGAUUUGGAGCUUUGCUGGGCCCAUUGGAAUUGUCAUACUGAUGAACGGGGGUAUUUUCACGAUUGUGGCCAAGAUGUCUUGUAACCCUACACAGAAGGAGACCAAGAAACUCCCUGUCAUUGCGACCAUUCGCAACGCAUUCCUACUGCUGAUGAUAGCCACCUCCACCUGGCUGUGUGGCUUGAUGGCUGUCAACAACAGCAUCCUGGCGUUCUACUAUAUAUUCGACGUCCUCUGUCUAGUGCAGGGCCUGUCUGUAUCACUGGUCUUCACCGUGUUCAACUCUGAGGUGAAGGAGGCCUGGACGGUGGCCUGUUUGGGGAAGAAGAGUCUUGAAGAGCCGCCAAGACCAGCGCAGAAUACGGCCCAGAAUCCAUAUCACAAUGCUUCGUUGUUGGAGCAGAGUGGGCUGCACCGCAUCACACUUGGAGCCUCCACCAUCUCCUCUGUCAGCUCUGCCAGGGAAAAUCUCUUAGCUCGUCAAACUCUGGAACAAAGCAUCGUUCAAACUGGAGCGACGGAUCUGGAUGUAGCCAUGUUUCACAGAGAUGGAGGUGAGGAUUCCGAUUCUGACUCCGACCUCUCCAUGGAUGAGGAGCGCAGUCUCUCCAUCCCGUCAUCUGAGAGUGAGGACAACGUUCGUCUACGCGGACGCAUCCAGCGGCGUUUCAAACGCUCCAACCACGGCGAGCGCCUGCUCACUGAGCCCACCCACAACGGUACCAAAGAUCUGGAUGGUAACGACCUUCUGUCUUACUGGCCGGCCUUAGAGGAGUGUGAGAAACACACCCUCCAAAAGUGGGGCUCGGAGCGCCCCCUGGGGGCCGACUACAGUAAGGACGCGGCCAACAACAACCAAGCCGACGGAGCACUCACCAGCGGGGACGAGAGCGGCCUCACGCAGCCACACAGGCACCGCAAGGGUAUCCUGAAGAAUCGUCUCGGUUGCCCCCCAGCCCUCCAGGGCAUUUCAACAGUGGGCCGGGGUCCCAGUGAGCUCAACUGGUACCGCACCUCGACCCUGGGCCACAGAGGUGUCCCUGCAGCCUCUUAUGGCCGCAUGUACUCUGCCUCAGCUGGUGGUGGAGGGGGCACAGGCUCCCUCUCGCAGCCAGGUUCCCGCUACUCCUCCAGGGAACAUCUGGACUCACUGGCUCGGAGGCAGCUGUCCCGAGAUCCUCUCGGGAGGCAGACAGUCGGGGGCUCGAGAGACCGAUUGGACUCGAGGGGUUCCAGAGAUAACCUGGACCUUUUACCCAGGAGAAGGGAGCUUGGCCAGGGUGCGGGGCUCGCGGGCCUGGGGCUGGAUCACCAGAGAAUGUCGUCAUCCAGGGAGAAUUUGACCUCCUCCAGGGAUAGACUGGACAACCAUCACUCAAGCACCAUCCACGCCUCCAGAGAAGACUUGAGGGGGAACGGCAUGGAGGGAACCCUGAGUGGGUCCAGAUUGCAGCUGAACACGCUCACUCGCCGGCAAGCUUCAUCCCGGGAGCACCUAGCAGGGGCGCUGAUGAGCAGUAGGUCCAGAGAGCAGCUGGAGGCCAAUGGAGUGGGGUCACAACCAUGUCGGGAAUGGCUGCGCUCCCUGCCACCCCGCCAGCCCUCCCACCCGGACCAACCUCCACCUUCCUCCCCACCGCCACCCAUCUCAGAAGAACCCCAGCAAGAGGCCUUCCCUCCUCCAGGUCACAUGAGAGGACGACUGGACUCUGCAUGUAGGUACCCUGGGCAGACGCCGCCUGUCACAGGUUUGAACCCUUUGGGGCGACAGCCGUCUAGCGAACACCUGGACAUACUCUCCUCCAUCCUUGCAUCCUUCAACCCUUCUGUCCUCACUCCUCCAAAUGCUGCGUCAAACUCUGGGCCUAAUGGCUCCGCCCAGGGCCCCUCCCCCUCUGCCACCUCCCACAGCAUAUCCGAAGUCUCUCCUGACUCCGAAGCCAACAGAGGUGAAGGACAGUCUUGAUGACGGCCUCUGUAGACCUACAAUCUUCUGUGAGGACAAAGUCAAAGGCCAUGGAAUAUCCCGAAGUUCAUCGUAGGACUCAAAACAGUUUUUGACAGGUGACAUAUCGACAUGUCUUUAAAACUGUUUACACACAAACCCAGACAGAAUCAAUGUAAAAGGAAAAAGGACUGUACAUACAUAACACACAAAAAACACUUUUAUACAUUUUGUAUCUUUUUAAUUGGGGACAAAGACGUCUCUUAUGAUGUUUUACUUUUUUGUAAUGUCCGUGUGAGUGAAACUGGUGAGCGAGCGCCAUUUAUUUCCCCGAAAAAACAUUUUAAUCAAAUGUGGCAAAGUAUUCGUAAUCUGAUGGGAAAACAUCCAAGAGGUGAUGUAAAUAGGAGUCGGGAAUGAUUGUAUUGAGGAUGCCACACCAGGGUGCAGGGUUUUAACCAUUAAAGCUCCAUCACAAGUUGUCAUGUUUUUGCAGUUCAAUGAAUGUGACCUUGUCGUCUAUGUACCUCUUGUGCCUGGACCUUGUCCGUGGAUCCGCUGCACCACAUCCUCGGUGGGUGAAGGUUUGAUACCGCUUUGCCUCCCUCUGUCCCUCCCUUCAAUGCCACAACCAUUGAAGACUGUUUUUACAUAACAACCUGCCUCUUGACAUAACAGGAACAACUUUAUCCUGUCUGUGCGCAUCCAAGCCAAAGGGAAAACUGUUGAAAUGUAGAGGCAUUUUUCUUCCAGAAAGUCUGGUUUUGUACCACUUUAGAGGUUCUACAGAAUGUGAUCGCCUUCUAAUUCUUUCACCUUGACCCUCAAUCCAUUUUAAUCCGUUGAAUUAUUCACUCACACUUUUAUUAUCGGCUAUAUAGGUAAUUUUUUGGCGUGAGUGUCCUCUCUAUAUAAACAUAUCUUCAUGAAUAGUGGAUGUAAAUAUUGUUUCAAAUGGAAAGCAUCUCCUACCACUCAAUUUAGUUUGGAUACACAAAGCAUUUAAAAGGAAGCACAGAAAAAAGGGAUGUGCUCCGAGAAGAAGAAGGGAAUAGGGAAGGGACAGGAAGUACACAAUGAGGCAGAGGAUGGAAAAACGAUUACGAAUGGGAAUGUCUGUGAUUGCCUUUGUGGAUGCCUUUUUGGCAUGACAAAAUUCCUUUGCUGUUACCGCGGAUACAAGUGAA